UCAACUUUGCCGUUCGAAAGGGGUUUUUCAGUUUUUGUUUUUGGAACUGCAGCCGAUUCACCAAGGAGUGUGUUCCUGUUCGUAGCAUCAACUCUGCGUCUUCAAUCAGCUAUAAUGGGGAAAACCGGUGGUCACAAGGUGCUGAAGGGAAGCCAGAGCUUCAGGCAAAGGUUGCUUCUCUCCACGCUUUCUUCCACUCCCAUUCUCAUCGAGGAUAUACGCGCCGAUGAGACUUCUGAACCUGGUCUUCGCAAGCACGAGAUUUCACUCCUCCGGUUGUUCGAGACUGUUUGCGAUGAUUGUGUUGUCAAAAUCAACGAAACUGGUACCAAGGUAAAGUACAAACCAGGAACUAUUGUAGGUGGCAGACAACACUCUUCACACGACUGUGGUCUCACUCGAUCCAUUGGUUAUUUUUUGGAGCCACUCAUCAUACUUGGUUUGUUUGCAAAACAACCUCUCACCAUUAGCCUCAAAGGAAUCACUAAUGAUUUUAAGGAUCCGUCAGUUGAUGCCUUCAAAUCUACUGCUUUGCCUAUAUUAAAGCGUUUUGGGGUUCCCUCCGAAGGCUUGGAUAUUAAAGUAGUAAGUCGUGGACUACCUCCAAAUGGUGGUGGCGAAGUUAUUUUGUCGCUUCCUAUUGUUCAAAAUUUAACGGCAGUUAAUUGGAUUGAUGAGGGAUUUGUUAAGAGGAUUAGGGGAAUAACAUUUUCGGUCCGAGUGUCUGUUCAGUUUGAAAAUAGCAUGAUCAAAGCUGUGCGUGGAAUAGUCAAUCCGUUUCUUUCAGAUGUGCACAUUUUUUCUGAUCACAGAUCAGGUCCACAGGCUGGAAACUCUCCUGGAUUUGGAAUUUCGCUGGUUGCGGAGACUACUACUGGUUGCUUCAUCUCUGCAGAUACUGCUGUUUCUCAUGUCAGUGGUAAAGAUACUUCUGGCCUUGCGGAUGAUGUUAAAAAAAGUCUGAUGCCUCCGGAUGAAGUUGGUAUGGGAAUUGCUAAUGUUUUAAUACGGGAGAUAACUCAAUGUGGAGUGGUAGAUUCAACACAUCAGGGUUUGUUAUUUCUUCUUUGCGCUCUAUGUCCCCAAGAUGUUUCCAAAGUUCGUGUUGGAAAACUUUCACAGCAUGGGGUUGAAACUCUCAAAAACAUCAGAGAUUUUCUGAAUUUGAAGUUUAUCAUCAAACCAGAUCUGAAUUCACAGUCAGUUUUUCUCAAGUGUAUUGGUUAUGGCAUGAAGAACCUUUCUCGAAAGGUCUCGUGAAGCAUGGUUGACUGUAUUGUGUCAUUGGACUAAUUUACUGUGCCUUGAAUUGCUGCGGUCUUUAUUGAAUAUAAAUACGAGUUUGACGAGUUUGCCAAUUGGUUUAUACAUUAUAAGAUAAUUCUGAAGUUUGACAAGUGUUAAAACUACUAAUUUUUUUUUUCAUCAUCUUGUUAUAUAUUGUUGUAUAGACUAUUUAAUGAUAAAAUAUUAAAUGUGAGUGUGAGAAAGUGUACGUGGCACUGCAGGCAAAGACGCUGUAAAUGUUUUGCUUUUGGAUCUAGCAGUGAAUAUAAAUGGCCAGGAUCUUAUUUUUGUGCUUCAGAAUCGUAACUGAUG